AACCAUGGUCUGAGAAGGAAUGUCCAACCAAAUAUCCUCUUAAAACAUCGGUCACGCCUAUAAAAUCAACAUGGUGCAAACUCCAAAGCAUUGAAGCCUCUCCUUCUCUGCUCCUCGUCUCUCUCUCUUGCUCUCUCCAUCCUCUUCUUACGUGGAUGGAUUUCACAAGCAUAGCUGCAGGUUUCUUAAUCUUUUUAAUAGUCUGUGUCGUGUGCUUACUGACCCUUCAUCUCUUACCCAUUCUGAAGCUCUUCGUGAGUUUCAUUCUUGAGAUGUCAUGUGACACCUACCACCUUCCUGAAAGGAACCUCAACCUCGGUGAGCCUCAAGGUCCUUCUUCAACCUCUGCCCGCUUCAGGCGCCUCUCUCCCAAAGGCCUGGAUCCAUCAAUCGUUCAGUCACUCCCCACCCUCAUUUUCGCGGCGGAUUCCCAGAAGGAAGGCUUAGAUUGUGCCAUCUGUCUGGAGGGGUUCAAGGAUAAGGAAAUAGGGAGAGAGCUUCCAGGAUGCCAUCAUCGAUUUCAUAUCGGUUGCAUUGAUAUGUGGUUCCAAUCUCACUGUACUUGUCCAAUCUGUAGGUUGGCAGUCGACCCUUGCCAUAAAUCAGAAUCUCAGGCACAGGUCUUGAAGAAACAGAGUACCAAUGAUGCUGCCUCUUCUUCGUCUGUUCCUCCAAGGGAGCAAUUUGUUUCAGUUCCAAUUGGGGAGUAAAUUUUCUUGUGGGCGAUCCCAGGAAUUGCUUAAGGGACACAACAGAGAUGGAUUUGGGGGAGAUGGGAGCUUUAGUCAGCCUUCAAUUGGUGUCGGAGCGUCAAGCAGACGGGCUUCCUCUCUCAGGGAGUAGCAGAAAAGGUUGCUGGAGCAUGGAGGUCGUUGCAGUUCAUUGGUGCAUGGAUGAGUAAGGGCAAUACUCAUCUGUCCAUCUACUAAAAACGAAACCACGUUAGAAUCCUGGCUUUAGCAUAAAAUUCGUUAAACUAAUUUUGAUGCUAAAACCAGGAUUCUAGCAUCGUUUUGGAAUUACCAAGGAGGCCGUCAUUUUAAGUUUUCGAGGCACAUAUGCUCCAAACUGGGGGAAAAAAGAAGAUGGGAUUACAUUAAUUUUGAAACAAGAUGGGCUGGAGUACAUAGUUAAUAUACCUACGAUGGCAUCCCAAGCAAUGUACAAGGAAUGCCAAUCACAUUUCUGUAGUCGAAUCAUCAAAUAAAAUUCUUUGAAUGCCAAUGACAUUUUUGUAGUCGAAUCAUCAAAUAAAAUUAUUUCUUUUUCUCCUUCAAAAAA